AUGGCCUCUUCUAGGUCUCCGUCUCCCUCUCUGCCGCGCUCUCGCAGCGUGUCACCCACCACGGCCACGACGCGCCUUAUCCUACAGAACCGGUUCGAUGCUCUCUCGGACAGCAGCUCAGAAGAGGACGAUGCCAUUCUCCGUCCCCGUGGCAAAAUAGCCGCCCGGAUGCAGACCCGCGACCGCGAAACUCGAGAGCCAUCAGACGACGACACGGACCCGACGCGAAGCACUCCGCCCGCGCAGAACAACUCCGAUGCUUCUGGACAAGCCGGGGUUGAAGACGAAGACGAGGACGUGGUUAUGACGCGUCCCAGGAAGCUCAAGUCGCGGCGGGAACGCACACCAACACCGGAUCCACCGCCACAGGAAGCUGCACCUUCGCCAGGUCUCUUCAUCUCCCCACAAAAGAAGAGCGCGCCCACCUCUCCGGGCCUCUUCGUCUCGCCAUCGAAGCCCCAGUCCCCUGCAGCAGGCGAAAGCGACGAUGACCUACCAAGCCCGACCCGCUUGAUUAAGAAUCCUCGCUUCCAGGCGUUGGUUGCCAGGAAGCGCCAGGAGCGCCUGGCCAGGGAGGCCGAAGAGGCGCGGAAGAAGGCUGAACGGAGAAGGGCUGCCGGUUUCGACAAGGAGGAGGAGGUGGAGGGCGACGAUGACAUCGCCGCCGAUCGUGAUGGGGAUGACGACAGUAUUACCGACGACGACGGUGGCCGCAAGCUCACGCAAGAAGCGGCCACAUCAAGACGCCCGCGCAAAGCAAGCAAAAAGGCCCUGGAGGAGAUGAACCGGGAGACGCAGCGGUUGACCCGAAGUCUGCAGCUCGCCCACGAAGCCAAGGUGAAGAAAAAGAUCACCAAGGCGACUCUCUUUGAACGGUUCAACUUCAAGCCCGAGGGUGGAGCAGCAGCUGCGCCGGUUGACGAGCCCGCGCCGGCCGCAAGCUCGAGCCGCGCUCCCACGCCGGGCUCCCCUCAGCACAGCGAUGCCGAGGCGAGGGAUGCCGAGACACCGCCUAGUUCGCCACCGGCGGUCGGGAAGGAGGCCGAAUCCAAGGGUGUCUCUCCCGCGGGAGCAGGAAUAGCGCCCCGAGGCGGCGGUGCUGACGGCCUUCUCCGUCGUCAGGAGGAGGCCAUUGACGCAGUCACCACCAGCCAAAGGCUCGACAAAGGCAAAGGUAAAGCAACCGCUGCGGACCCGGAAGAGCAACGGCAGCCGGCAGUCGAGGGGCCUCCGAAGAAACGCAACAUCCGCGUCAAGCUCGCUGCCCUCGAAACCAGCACGGCAGCCGCGUCAGUCUCCCUCGGGAAUGGUGAUGAAGACGACGACGACGACGACGACGACGACCUCCAAGUCGUCGCGACCCGCAAAUCCAAACUGGACGCCAUCUUCGACCGCGUCCCCGCCAACAAGGCCAAGCAGGCCCACUCCCUCCAGAUCCUCCGCCGGCUGGCCCACCUCGACGACCCGGACAGGCAGCCCGCGCCGCCCUCGCGCGCCGGCAACAAGCUCAAGAAGGAGCACCAGGAGACCGUCAUGACGACGGCCGAGCUGCAGGCCAGCCUCCUGCAGCGCGCCCGCCAGCAGGCCAGGCUCGAGCGCGACCGCCACCUCGAGAUGCUGCGCGCCAGGGGCGUAUACGUGCAGACGGCCGAGGAGCGGGAGCGGGAGCUGCAGGAGGUCGAAGACAUGGUGGCCAAGGCGAGGCGGGAGGCCGAGGAGAUCAUGCGGCGCGAGAGAGAGGCCGCCAAGGCCGAGAGGAAGAAGAAGCGCGCCGCGGGCGAGGAGGAGGACCCGCUCGGGUGGGACGACGAGAGUGAGGAUGAGGAGUACGACGACGAGGAUGAGGAAGCCGCGGGGGGGGGAGAGGAGAGGGGGAUUGAAUUGUCUGGCUCUGAAGAGGAGGAGGAAGAAGAAGAAGAAGAAGAAGAAGAAGGAAAAGGGGAGAAGCUGGUUGACGAUGCGGCCGAAGUGGCGGAUGCAUCCGAGGCCGAAGAAGUCGGAGACCAAGCUGACGGCGCAGAGUCAGAUGAUGACGCCGAUCUUCCCAGUACCAACCAAGUCCGGCGCAGGGCCAGAAAGCACGUCACCAUCGUUAGCGACGAUGAGGACGAGGCUGAGCCCUUCGUCAAGGCCACACCCCGGCCAAAGGAUCAUCUGCCCAAGUCGCCGUCGGUUCGCAACGCCGAGUCUCCCAGCGCGCCGACGUCCGUGCUGCGGUCCGCCAGGAAGACCUUCAUCCCAGGCCUUCCCGUCGCCGGACCUGCUGGUCUCGGUCUCACCCAGAUCUUCGCGGGCACCAUGGAUGACACCCCGAUGGCGACGACCCAGGCGUCACCCUCCUCCCAGCCGAGGCCCACCUUUGACGUGACCGCUUUCCCCGACUCGAACUUUUCCCAGGCGGCCCAGGACGCCGCGGAGGACAUGAUUCGCGACAGCCAGCCGACGCGGGAAACGCAGCAGGCCGAGACCCAGGGCGUGCAGAUCCGCUUCUCGCAGUCCCAGACGCACGGGUUCGAUACCUUCCUCCGGGAGAAUUCCGUGAGCCAGACUCAGAUGUCGGAACUUAUCGAACCGACCCAGGACGCGGGUUUCCACAACUUCUCUCCUCUCCGCCAGCGCUUCAUCGAGCCCCCCGUGUCAACCAUAGAAACCGUUCCCGUCGGCCAGACCCAAGCGGAGGAGCCGAACGACUCGCCUCUGGUGCAGCGAACCGGCAAGCUCAGGCGCAGGGCUGACGCGGUCCCGGCGUCGCCCACUCGCCAACCCCGUGAUGGCGAGGACCAAGUGAUGGAAGAUGUGGAGUAUGACGAGUUCGGCUUCGGCACCACCACCACCACCAACAACAACAACAACGACGCAUUCACCGCCAUGAAGGAGGCUGCGCUCAAGGAGAAGAAGCGCAAGAAGGUCUUUGACAAGAAGAAGAGCCAAGCCCGCGAGAUGGUCGAGGAGCAGGCCGAAGAGUCGGAGGACGAGUACGCCGGACUCGGUGGCGUGGACGAUGAGGACAGUGACGAUAGCGACGACCAGUCGGUCAAGGAGAUGAUUGACGACGAGACCAAGGACGACGAGGAAGAUGAGAGGAAGCUCGCCGCAUUCUACGCUGACCGCGAGCGCGCUGAAGACGAGAAGCGGGUCGAGAAGCUCUUCCACGACGUCACGACCGGCCAGCUCCGGCGCAAGCGGCACGGCGACUGGGACGACCUGUCCGACUCGGACGACGGCGGCGAGGCCCGCCGUCGCAUGAAGCGUCGCCAGUUCGCCAAGAUGCAGCGCGCCCUCCUUGCCGACGAGCGCAUCAGCAAGGUCGCCGAGAACCCGCGCAACCAGGCAUUCCUGCGCACCAUUGAGGACCGCGGCAGCGACGACGAAGAAAUGGACUUUAUCUUUGCGCCGCCGCCCGCUCAUCCAUCAGCGGCGAGCCAGGGGUCACAAGGUUCGGGCGCUGCGCAGUCAGCUGCUGCCGUCAUCCCCAACAGCCAGCCGCAGACCGUUGUUGCGCCUAACCCCCGUCGGAGCAAGAUCGCCAAGAAGCCCUCAAGCAUCAGCGAGAUUCGCGAGUCGCUCUCCAACCUGCUUGAGGAGCCCUAUAACUCCUCUUCUCUCAUCCCGGCCACCGAGCUGGGCUCAUCCGACGACGACGACGAUGACGACGACCGCCUCCGCCCGGGGUCUUCCCACAGCAACAGCAGCGGCUCCAGCAACAAGGAGAACCGCAACCCCCGCCGCGGCAGCAGCAGACCCGCCCCCCAGGUCAUCGACCGCAUCAGCCUCAAGCGCAACGCUUCCGCCGCCGCCGCCUCCUCCUCCUCCUCCGCCUCCAACAAGCUCGCCUUCGCCACGGCCGGCUCCGCCUCCGCCUCCUCCUCUUCUUCGUCGGGCGGCUUCAAGGUCCCAGCCCUCCUCCGCCGCGCAACCACGAACUCCCUCCUCUCCACUUCAUCCUCCGCCUCCGGAGGAGCAGCAGCAGCAGCAGCAACAGCAACAUCCUCAUCAUCAGCGAUGCCCGGCAUCAGCAGCACAACAACAACAACAACAACAACAACAACAACCACUGGCCGGCCGGCCGCCGAGAGCAGCAUGAAGAUCAGGAAGCCCGCCGGCAAGCGCUCGGGCGUGAGCUACCUGGCGCGCGAGACGGAACGGCGCGCGGCGCUGGCCGAGGCCGAGAGGCGGCGCGAGGCGCGCAAGUUCCGCGGCGUCGAGAGCCGCGUCAAGGCCGUGGGCGGUUUGUUUGGCGCCGGCAAGUUUGAGUGA